AUGGCCCUUUACUACAAUACCGCUGAGGCAACCAAAUACUUCCAUCAAUCCCUUGACCCAUGCACGCACGAAAGCCGGAAGUACAACUCCGAAACCGACUCCGACUCCGAGAAUGAGAAUGACAACACUGAGGAUGGUGUUACAUUCCAGAAUUGUGAUGGUGGCCAGCAGUACAACAGUACUGUUGAUCUCUUUGAUGAUUCUGGGCCACCUGAGACACCCGACGGUGGUUCUAUUGGUGACAUUCUUUUAUUCAACAACAUACUGCUCUACUGUGACAUGCUCCUGUACUGGGAGUUCCGGACUAGCAUCAAGGAUGGGGAUGUUGGAUGCACAUUUGAAAUCAUCAAGCUGCUACAUCAAGCACUUGACUUGUGGUUCCACUUCUCUGAGAAGAUGAAGAGGGCCAUGUUCAGCAACUAUGUCAUUUGCCCAUCAGGCCGCUCUGAUGGACGGGUGGAGCAUGAUCUCCUUCAGGAGCACCACAACUUUUGGAUCAAACAGGUGUUCAAUGGCUGGGAAGCUGUUGCACUUAACAUUGUCCCACUGAAAGAGCUGGCCCAGAACAUAUUAGAGAAAUUUGGGCUAGCCAACUUCUUCUCAGGCCAUGUGAAAACUAACAUAAUGUUUGACACAUCAGGAAACCCCUGA